AUGCCGGGCGUACGAGACAUCAGCGCGGAAGCCUUCAUCACCGCUUACGCUUCCCACCUUAAGCGGUCAGGAAAGCUCGAGGUCCCUACAUGGGUUGACAUCGUAAAAACCGGCUCCUUCAAGGAGCUCGCGCCAUAUGACCCCGACUGGUACUACGUCCGCGCAGCUGCCGUAGCGCGACACAUAUACCUCCGCAAAGACGUCGGCAUCGGCGCACUCACGAAGUUGCACGGCGGGCGCAAUCGGCGCGGCAACCGGCCCUCGCACCAUGCGGACGGCUCUGCGUCUGUGCAGCGCAAGGUCUGCCAGUCGCUCGAGAAGAUUGGCGUGCUCGAGCAGUCGGACAACGGCGGCCGCCGCAUCAGCCAGGAUGGGCAGCGGGACCUAGACCGGAUUGCCACCGCCGUAGUGGAGGCAGCGCGGGACGAGGGUGAGGAGGAAGAGGAAGAGGAAGAGCACGCGGCGGCGGAAGAGGAGGAAGAAGAGUAG